AUGACGAUAUCAUUGCUUCUACAUUGGUUACUAAUCAGCAUUAAAGUUGUCGCAAGUAGCACAGUAUUGAAACUGCAAUUUGGUACUAAACACCAAAUUGUCAAACAACCUAUUCCACAAGUCCACACCAAUGCAAAUGAACAAUUAUUGUUUAGACUGGUUUUAUCAACUGAUUUACCAGACAAAGCACAAGUGCCUGCUUCGCCAAUGCUGUUCCCAGCCAAGCUUGCCUUCCCGCAAUGGCUUACGGAUUUCACUGGGCUACGUGACUGGCCUGGUUUAGACCCACCGUAUAUUCCAUUGGACUUUAUAGAUUUCAAAUUGAUACAGGAUGUGCCACAGCACAAGCAAGGUCAAUGUUCGCAGUAUUCUGAAUUGCGUACUACAAAAGCUUGUUCGUUUGAUUGUUUCAAUUGUGUGGAGUAUGAUGAUGUCUAUACUUGCCCACGAUUGUCGCAAACGUUUGAUGAUGGACCAUCACUUUACACAAGAAAGAUUCUUGAUGCGAUGGAUAAAUCAAAUACCAAGACGACAUUGUUUACUUUAGGAGUCAAUAUCAUUAGAUUUCCUGAUGUUUAUCAAGAAUCUAUGCAAAAGGGUCAUAUUAUGGGCUCGCAUACUUGGUCACACAAGUUUCUUCCCCAAUUGACGAAUGAAGAAAUCAUUGCUCAGUUGGAGUGGAGUAUUUGGGCGAUGAAUGCUACUGGUCAUCAUUUGCCAAAAUGGUUUCGUCCACCGUAUGGGGGCAUUGAUAAUCGAGUGCGUUCAAUUUUGCGACAGUUUGGUAUGCAGGCUACCUUGUGGGAUUUUGAUACAUUUGACUGGAAGAUGUUGGAGCAAGGUGCGAAUUCCUGGAAAGAGCUGGAUAUUUUGAGCGAUGUGCAAAUGUUUAAGAAACAAAAGAAUGGACAAGGACUAAUCUUGGAACAUGAUGCGAUUGAGAGAACGUGUGAUGUUGGUGUUGAGAUUUUGAGGAAAAUUGUAGGGCCAAAGCAAAUGACAGUGCCGCAAUGUGUUCAAGGUAUUGACUAUAUCAAAACAUUUUAA